AUGGGAUUAUUAGUAUUACCAGUUGAUAGGAAACGUGUGAGUCUACCAAUUUAUAAACCAUCAGAUCAUACACCUCCAGUAUAUAAAGAUCCAUGUUCGGGCAGAUUAAUACCAACGGCUUAUUUCCUCAAGAAUUUGGAUGAGCUCGGCCCACAACAUUGGCAAAAAGUAAUAACAACAAUAAUGGAAACAAUGCAAUUAUCAAUUGUAGUGACUUGA